AAAAAAAAAUCUUUCCAAAAAUCUUUAACGCGCAUGUGAAAUCAACAACAGCGUUAUUUACCAUUUUCAGAGAUGCUUAUACCAAUGGACCAACAACAUUGAGUAAUUUAUCGAAAACACCACUUGAGCGAGUUUACCAUUAUAGAAUUGAACGUCAUCAUUUUUGGUGAAAUUAUGACUUAAGUCUAAAAAUAAAUGAUGAUAAUUUUUUAAAUCGGCAUGUGCUUUAGCUACCAUUACUUUCGCAUAAGCUGAAACAAAAUAUUAACUCUAUCGAAUUGCUUGCCCUGCUAGUCGGUUUAUGUUUUUUUGUUGAGCAAUUUUUUUAAAUAGCUGACAAAACAGCUGUUCUGAAACAUUCUACACGUAAAAAACGGUAGUUUUUUCUUAAUUAAACGAAAAGAUUUUCUUAAAAUUUUUAAUUUUCAUCAAUGGAGUUCGCGUCUCCCUAUGCCUAUGAUUAUGGUGGGGCGUCUUCAUGCGAAAGUGACAAUGAGCAAGACUCCACUUUCAAGACAAACGUAGCAGGAAGGCUGCACGUUCUGAAAAGAAAGGACAAGAAGAAAAAAGCGAGGAAGUCAGACACAAAUGUGAUCAACGUGAAGUUUGGGUGCCUAGAGGAAAAUGCGUUCACCAGCACUGCUCAGCCGGUGAAGUGUUCCAAAUGUCCAUCUGUGAUGAGCAAUUUGGAGGAUGUUUUCAACAAAAGAAACAAUAUGUUGUGGAAGUGUUCGUUCUGCUCGACUGUGAAUCCGAUCUCGCAGGAUGAGGCUAAGCAGCCUCGCAAAGAGGACAUGCUGUUCAUACCCGAGGGAGAACAGAUAGCGGCCGAGAAGCGAGCGGCAGCGGCAGCGGCAGCGGCAGCGGAGAAAGCGGCGGGCAAGGAAGAGGGGGGAGGGGAGGACAAAGUGGACGUGGACGAUGACAGCGUGCUUUUGUUCACACUCGACGUCUCGGGCUCCAUGGUGUGCGGAACUGGGUGCCAAAGGUCGGCUACGCGAAACAACGAUAGCUCUGGAUCUGGCAGUGACGAUGGGAACCAGUACUUGUCCCGACUAGAUAUUAUGAAGACAGCUCUGUGUUCACAACUGAAGGAUUUGAAGACCCAGAAGCCCAAUGUGAAACUGGGAGUGGUCACUUUCUCCGAGGAUGUGACAUACCUGGCAGAUGGGACUAGUUCGAAGCAGAAGGGACUCAGCUGCGAGUACGAGCUGGACAAGGACCUCAUCCAGAAAGUUGGCAUCGGCUGCAAACUACCUGGACCUGUGAAGAAGAGCUCUGACAGACUGAAACGGGCCAUUUCGGGGAUGCACCCGCAGUCGCUGACCGCACUCGGUCCGGCGCUGCUCUUUUCGGUGGCUAUCGCGGGCAAGCAGAAUCAGAGCAAGGUCGUCAUCUGCACCGACGGAGAGGCCAAUGUCGGCAUCGGCAGUCUCAGCUCGGAGGAGCCUGAAGACGACUUCUACGACUACGUUUCCGAUUAUGCAAACGAGUUCGGAGUAAGCGUGUCAGUGUUGGCGAUUGAAGGGGAGGACUGCCGACUGACAGCUCUGGGUAAAGUGGCAGACGCUACUAACGGUUCUGUGAACAUUGUCUCUCCUACUGACUUGGGCUCGGAAUAUUCUGGAAUAAUCUCCAAGAAGAUCGUGGGAUCCAAAGUGGAAAUUACACUUGUUCUUCAUGAAUCAUUAUAUGUGCGGGAUCCGCUAGACCCAACUGAUAGGACAAAGUCUUCGUAUAAGAUGAGCAUCGGAAAUGUCACCAGCGAAACAGAGAACUUCUUUGAGUUCGGAUUCAAACCCAGAGGAGCAUCUGCUGCGAACUCGAACAAAAAUAAGACAGAAGACAAUGCUGGUCCAUCGACAAGCACAACGACUGACAACAACGAGUCAACUUCAGAUGCUCCCCUGGACCAGAAGAAAAAAGAGGGGGACAAAAAGGAAGCUGGCGUUCGAGAGUUGCCGUUCCAGCUGCAGAUAUCCUACGUGAACAAACACAAGGCUCAGCUGAACAGAGUGAUCACUACCAAGUUACCAUGCACCAAGGAAAGAACAGUGGCAGAAAAAGAGGCUGACCUGCCUUUGAUUGCUGCGCACGCAGUGCAGACCACAGCCCUGAUCUCCAAAGAGAGGGAAUACACUGAGGCGAAGAAGAUGGCCAAAUCCAAGAAGAACUGGUUCGCCAAUUUGAAACAAGUACGAGGAUCCAAGUACAAUUACACGGCGGACGAGUUAACUGCCCUCGAGAACGUAGACUCUCACUUGGACUGUUACUACAGAGAUCUUAGUCACCAACAAGAGGCGGAGCUCAUGAGCUGCGGACGAAACUUGUCCGAUGAUGACAGCGAUGAUGGAUCGAUAGGGAGCAAGUUGAAGUCUAGACAAAUGAAAAAGCAAGAGCGAGUGAAGACACAGAAAGACACCUCUGCCAGCGUCAUGUUCCAGAACUCUAAGAUGACCAAAAGUUCUAUAAUGUCCAAAAAGUAGAGAUGGAUGAAUGUGCUAUGCCAUUAAUACAAUCAAUCAUAAGCUCUUUUUUAGUUCUCCGUAAAUUUACAAAAUAGAAAAGCAUAAAAUUUUUAUACGGAAAUUUGCAUAUUGCCAAAAUAGGUCAAAUCAGUUUAGUAAAUUUCAGAAAAUAUAUUUUGAAACACUGUUUCGGAUUACUGAUACACUGGUUUAAUGACCAACAACCGGCAGACAUAUUGAGUGAGCACCGCAACUGGGGUUAUAGUGGAGUACAUUGAGCAACAGAAGAGAUGACAACAGUGGCAUAUGAUUAACUGUAUAAACUGCUUACAUCAAAAACUGAUGGCUUCUUAAUUAGUUAAGCCCAAACUUAAAGCAAAGAUAUAAAUACGGUUGGCCAAUCUUAAUGCAUGCCAAAUUUCAACACAAUCGAUAAAGUUCAUGUGAGCACGGUUGGAGUGUGCCCUUUAAUUUUCAAUGUUGCGAUUAGGCUUACAUAAUAUUCUGGGCCAAAAUAGUAAAAAGAUGCAAAUUGAUGUAUCAAUUCAUUAAUAUAUUG